AUGGCCUCAACUCUCAUUCCAAACUUGUAUGGAAAAAAGAGCUCAAUAUUUCUUCAUGAUCCCAUCAUUAGAACCCGAAAAGGCUCCAGCAUCAUGCUCAAUAUCAUCAACUCAAAAUUCUACAUUAAGGCCAUUCAUGUUGCGAAUUCUCAAACUUCAAAAUUGAAAGAAUUACGGAGGCCAUUAUUAAAUCUACCUCAAGAUGAUCAUCAUGAGUUUCAUUUUCAAGAUUACAUCCAAUCCAAAGGACUAAAAAUCAACAAGGCCCUUGAUUUAUCAAUUCCUCUUCAAGAGCCAUUCAAGAUUCACGAUGCCAUGAGAUACUCCCUUCUUGCCGGAGGGAAACGUAUAAGACCCAUCCUCUGCAUAGCCGCUUGCGAAUUGGUCGGAGGAAACGAAACCAUUUCCAUGCCGAUGGCAUGUGCCUUGGAGAUGAUUCACACCAUGUCUCUAAUACAUGAUGACCUCCCCUGCAUGGACAACGAUGACCUAAGACGGGGAAAGCCCACCAACCAUAAAGUCUAUGGGGAGGAAACCGCUGUUCUCGCCGGCGACGCUCUUUUAUCUCUAGCCUUCCAACAUGUGGCGGCACACACCCGCUAUGUACCAUCCGAACGGGUCGUCCAAGCCAUCGUAGAGCUUGCGUCUUCGGUUGGGUCAGAAGGUCUGGUGGCUGGGCAAAUAGUUGAUAUAGGUAGCGAGGGAAAAGAAGUGAAUUUAAAGGAUUUGGAAUACAUUCACAUUCACAAGACAUCAAAGCUAUUAGAAGCAGCGGUGGUUUGCGGGGCGAUUUUAGGUGGUGGGGAUGCGGCUGCGGUAGAGGGUGUGAGGAAGUAUGCAAGGUGUGUGGGGUUGAUGUUUCAAGUGGUGGAUGAUAUAUUGGACAUCACCAAGUCAUCAUCGGAGUUGGGAAAGACUGCCGGAAAAGAUUUGGUAAGCGACAAGGCCACAUACCCAAAGUUGAUGGGAAUCGAGGGGGCAAGAGAGUUCGCCGGAGAGCUGGCUAGGCAGGCCGUCGACGAGCUGGGUUGCUUUGAUCCGGCCAAGGCGGCGCCAUUGUAUCAUUUGGCCAAUUAUAUUGCUUAUCGCCAAAAUUAA